AUGGCAGCGACAGAUGCUACGGUGGCACACUUGUCGGACAAAUGGGCAGAUAUUGUACUGGAGGAUGAGGACGCCGGUGUUGAGGCGCCGGUGGACGACGGUGGGGCAGGAGCAGUAGCGGAAUCGUGGGUGUUGGUAGGACGAUUCUUGACGCAACGGGUGAUUAAGGUUGAGUAUAUGAGACAAGUUAUGGCCUCGGCAUGGAAACCGGUGAGUGGUGUGCAUAUCACGGAGCUCCAACCCAAUCUUUUUCAGUUCGUGUUCCAUCACAGAACGGAUGUCCAGCGAGUCUUGGAUGAGGGGCCGUGGUCCUUUGAGAAUUGUACGCUGUUGUGUAGGGAGGUGAAGGAUGGCCAGUUGCCGGAAGCCACGGUGCUUGAUACGGUUGAGCUAUGGGUGCAGGUGUAUAACCUGCCGGUUGGAUAUAAUACGAUACCGGUGCUAGAACAAACGGGGAAGUUUUUGGGGAAGUUUCUUAAGGUGGAUGAACGACAGAUCAAGGGGCCUCUUAAAGCGUUUUACCGAGUUAGGGUUUCUAUGCCAGUGGAUAAACCGUUGAAAAGAAGGAUGAAAUUAAUUCGCCGGGACAAAUCAUGGGGAUGGGUGAAUUUCAAGUAUGAGAGGUUGCAUACUUUCUGCUUUUUCUGUGGUCUUUUGGGGCAUUCGGAAAAAUUUUGCUUGAAAGCUAGGAACUCAACGAUGGCACCCGAGCAGUAUCCGUAUGGUUUGUGGAUGCGAGCGGGUCACGCAAGGGGACCACGACUAAUCGGGGAACCCUGGUUACUCUCAUCUGAGGACCCGCCGGCUAGGAGUCAGGAACCGGAAAAUCCGACCAUAAAUGAGCAGGUACACCGCCAAACUGAGGAGGAGGAUGGAGUAACGGCAUUGACUAAACGCCGCAGGCAGGAUGAUGGGAAUGAGAAUAGAGGGGAACAGUUGACCGGUAUGGAUGUUAAUAUGGCAGACAGUUCAAAAAACUUGACACAGGCGGGCUCUGGUUCCCAGACCCGCCCACAACAAUGA